GUUCGAUCACUGUUUCUAAUUGUGUGAUAUUUAACGGUGUUUGAGUGUCGCUCGAUCUACAACUAAGUGUUGUAAAAAAAUAAUGCAAAUCUUGCAAUGAACGGAUGCUGUUUGAAGUCAGUAGAAGCUCUCCUGGUAUUGCUUUUGCAGACCCCGAAUCCUGCUUGUACUGUAAAAAUACAAAUAUUAAAGAGUUAGUGACUUCAAGUUGAGAUUUAAUUAUAAUAAAGAUAUUGAUUAACAAUAAAUGCAACGUUGAAAUUCAUAAGAUGGGGCAGAUAUCUUUUUCUAACGAUACAGGGCUAUUGGCACAGAUUCAAAAAUAAGCUAUGUAUAUAUGUUUCGUAUGAUGCCAAAAUAAGUAUUUCAUCAGUGAAAGCAGUCAAAAGCAGUGCACAAGUUAAAGAAACUGUCUGAAGAACAAAGGAGCGAUAGAAAUAGAAAUUGUACACAGAACCUAGUUUCAUCCUUUAUAAUACCGAGCAAAUCGAUGUAAUACAAACUGCUGUAAUCCAUGACAUGAGCAUACACGAUAGAAUUACCACUUUAAUGUAACUUAAAAGAAGCUUAAUUGUGUUUAAUUAGAGACAGAUGUGCAAGUGAAGUUACACAGUGCUAAUUAAAUACAUUUGUAUGUAAUAAUAGUAAAAGAACGUAGACAGUUCAUUGUCAGUCAGUUUGACAGUGGCCAUGGCAGUGACUGGACUAACAACAGUUGCAUAUAUUAUUCUUUACCUUACAGUAGCAAUAGAUGCUCAAUACUCAGAUGACUCUGAUUACAAAGAUUUCGAAUUUUAUGAAGAGGUGCCGGUAAGUUACGUUGGGAAUUUUGAGAAUGAUCAUUUGAACAUUGUUCAAGACGACUACUACAUUUUGAAUGAUUUCGAGGAUGCUGUUCCUCGUGGACGCAGAUGCGAUGUUUGUCCUGAGAUGCACGACAAUGUCGAUUUAUCUUUCAAGAUCAUCGACGAGGUUCCCAAAAAAGAAAGAGCACAUGACGUGCAAUUAGACUGGUAUAAACCACAGAGAAUUUAUCGGUACACUAAGCAUAGAAUUCCGGGCUACGAUUACGAGGAAAUUGAUCAUGUGUUCGCAAGAAAUCCUCAGCAGUGCGAUGAAAAAUCAAUUUGGGCUCAUUGCGUCUGUAGGUUCACUUGCACCGAACCGGAUGUGGUAGAUUGUUAUUCACCGUGCAGAAGCGGAUGUGAGUGCAAAGAAGAAUACGUAUUCGAUGAGAAAACAAACAGAUGCAUGUUGCCAGAAGAAUGUCCAAAAGACGAAGACUAUAUUGAUGUAUAAAAGUAUCUAUGCUUUUGUCAAGCCAUCUACGAAUCAUCUAAUCUUUCUUUUAGUGUAGAAAUCACAAAAUUCUAUAAAAUAAUGAUAAAACAAUAUGGAAGAAAUAAACGUAUAAGCAUACAGAUUUGUCUCGCACGUGAAUUGAUAUAUGAAAUAACAGGUGCAUUGUUUUGAAUGCACUUUAAGCGUCUAUACUUUGUCAACAUUUUGUAUAAUAAUGCAACAGGGUAUUGAAUUUUCAUUUUAAUAAAGUAAUGAAUUCUUA